UAUUCAAUCAAGCCAAACAACCCUUCUUUCGUUCUCUCACAAUUCACCCCAAACCCAAACUUCCCGUCGUUUCUUCCCUCACAAUUGAAUUCACCCUAAAGCCAAACCCCAAACUGUACACAACACAGCCAUGGACAACGUCUCAUCUUUGGUGUGCCUGAAAUUGGAGUCCGAGUCGGAGGUGCUUGAUAAGGACAACGGCGGAAAGGACCUUUUCUCGCGAGCUGUGGUCCCCCUCAACUGCGAUACGCCAAUAAUCUGGAGCAAGCAUGAAGAAUUAUGCCAUGAAGAAACAGAGGAUGAAGAAUCAGAGGAUGACGAAUCAGAGACUGAAGAAUCAAAUGAUGAAGAAAUUGGGAGCAAGACUGAAGAAUCAGAGUUUGAAGAUUCAGAGGAUGAAGAACAAACAAAGGAAAAACUUAGGAUUUUUAUUGGUAAAUGUAAGUAUUGUUUACAUGUGGGUGAACACAUUUCUCAACUAUGCCCUUACAAGAACGAUGCCCCAAAGAACACAACUCUUGGCGAGGGUUGUAUGGUUGUUUGUAGUAUUUGUUGUUGCCUCCUUAGAGACUCAUGUUGUGCUGAUUGUGACCUAAGCAUUGGAUGUGCAAUUCUCAAGGAUUGUCCAAUAUGUGGGAAGCAAGGUGAACACUUGUCUUUGAUCUGCUCAAAAAGCGAGGGAAAACAUAAUCCUUCUGCUUUUACUUGAGAUCCUGAUACUGGUUCUUUUCUUCGAACUAAUGUCCAUUGAAAUGGUACUC